CCCACCGAGUGUCCAAUCAGAAAGCACGUUACCGUGUUGAUACGUGAGUGAGGCGGAAGUGAACUAUCCACCGGGAAGGCUAAUCCGCUUGAAACCAACACAACAAGAUGGAGGUGGAACAGCUCCUUACACUGUCCGGAUCGGCACUGGCACAGGCUGUCAGCUCACUGCUGGAGACUCCCGGCCUUUAUGUUUUUUCUGACAUUUUGGAGCUGCCCAACGUUAGAGAGCUGGAGAACGGCCCUCACGCCCCGAUGUACCAGCUCCUCAACCUCUUCGCCUACGGAACCUACUGCGACUACAAAGAUCGAGCGGCGUCCCUGCCAGAGCUGACACCCGCUCAGAGGAACAAACUUCGCCAUCUGUCCAUCAUCAGCCUGGCCUCCAACCUCAAGUGCCUGCCGUACUCGCUGCUCUUGCAGCAGCUGGAGCUGAAGAACGUACGCGAGCUGGAGGACCUACUGAUCGAGGCAGUGUACUGCGACAUCAUCCAGGGGAAACUGGACCAGCGCAAUCAGCAAGUGGAGGUGGACUGCAGCGUGGGUCGUGACCUGGGCCCGAACGAGCUACCCAACAUCGUCAAAACGCUUCAGGAGUGGUGCACGGGCUGCGAGGCGGUGUUGUGCAGCAUCGAAGAGCAAGUCUCCCGGGCGAAUCAAUACAGGGAGAGCCAGCUGAAAGUCAAAGUUCAAGUGGAAACAGAGGUGUCAAACCUCCAAAAAACCCUGAAGGCCAGCGCCGCCUCGCCUUCAUCGGGCCCCGCCCCUGCCGGAGCAGCCUCCAAUCAGGAUGCGGACCAACCGGCCGAACCGCGAGACCCUGCAUCAUCUCAGGAACCACGACAGCCGGGAAAAAAAAGUUCUAAGGUGAAAGGGCUGCGCGGCAGCGGCAAGAUCUGGUCCAAGUCCAACUGAAGAAGUGACAAAGGGCACCAGUGAUCCGCACUCUCACCGGACUGAUUGUGGGACAAAAACGUUGGGAAGCGUGUGGGGGGGACUGAUGCACCCUCGCCGACACUCUUGAUGGGACGCUUCACGGGACGUUCAGAUUUUGUUUUUGGUUUUUUUGUUGUUGUUUUUUUUUUGUUCUCCAGUCACUUAUCCUCACCCUGACAGAUUCGCGGCCACGUCAGCGUUUUGAAGAAAGCGAACAAGACCGGACAGCCAGGUGCCUCGGUCCACGAGUGGGAGCUUAUCUGAUGUGUGCGUGUGUCGUUAUUGCUUUAAACGUGCUCCCUUUGGCUUCCCUCUGCAGCUGAGUUGAGACAUGUAUCAAAAUUUGGAGUACAAAUUGUUGGGAAAUAAAGAGAAAACAGCCCUUGCA